AUGAGAUCUUUAAAUACCCUUUUACUUUCUCUCUUUGUCGCAAUGUCCAGUGGUGCUCCACUACUAAAAAUUCGUGAAGAGAAGAAUUCUUCUUUGCCAUCAAUCAAAAUUUUUGGUACCGGCGGUACUAUCGCUUCCAAGGGUUCGACAAGUGCAACAACGGCGGGUUAUAGCGUGGGAUUAACCGUAAAUGAUUUAAUAGAAGCCGUCCCAUCUUUAGCUGAGAAGGCAAAUCUGGACUAUCUUCAAGUGUCUAACGUUGGUUCAAAUUCUUUAAACUAUACGCAUCUGAUCCCAUUGUAUCACGGUAUCUCCGAGGCACUAGCCUCUGAUGACUACGCUGGUGCGGUUGUCACUCAUGGGACCGACACUAUGGAGGAGACAGCUUUCUUCUUAGAUUUGACCAUAAAUUCAGAGAAGCCAGUAUGUAUCGCAGGCGCUAUGCGUCCAGCCACUGCCACGUCUGCUGAUGGCCCAAUGAAUUUAUAUCAAGCAGUGUCUAUUGCUGCUUCUGAGAAAUCACUGGGUCGUGGCACGAUGAUCACUCUAAACGAUCGUAUUGCCUCUGGGUUUUGGACAACGAAAAUGAAUGCCAACUCUUUAGAUACAUUCAGAGCGGAUGAACAGGGAUAUUUAGGUUACUUUUCAAAUGAUGACGUGGAGUUUUACUACCCACCAGUCAAGCCAAAUGGAUGGCAAUUUUUUGACAUUUCCAACCUCACAGACCCUUCGGAAAUUCCAGAAGUCAUUAUUCUGUACUCCUAUCAAGGCUUGAAUCCUGAGCUAAUAGUAAAGGCCGUCAAGGACCUGGGCGCAAAAGGUAUCGUGUUGGCGGGUUCUGGAGCUGGUUCCUGGACUGCUACGGGUAGUAUUGUAAACGAACAACUUUAUGAAGAGUAUGGUAUACCAAUUGUUCACAGCAGAAGAACAGCAGAUGGUACAGUUCCUCCAGAUGAUGCCCCAGAGUACGCCAUUGGAUCUGGCUACCUAAACCCUCAAAAAUCGCGUAUUUUGCUACAAUUAUGUUUGUACUCCGGCUACGGCAUGGAUCAGAUUAGGUCUGUUUUUUCUGGCGUCUACGGUGGUUAA